AUGGCUCUCAAGACGUAUCGUGGCAACUGCCACUGUGCCGCCUUUGUCUUCGAGGUGACUAUCCCCGAGAUCACCAAGGCGGAGCUGUGCAACUGUAGCCACUGCUACAAGAAAGGCGGCGUAUGGGCUAUGAUCCCUGACACGGACAAUUUCACCAUGGCCAAGGGGGACCUAGAUAAGGCCAAAGACUACAGGUUUGCUAGUAAAAACUUUAGCCACAAGUUUUGCCCAACCUGCGGAACAGUCUUGCUCUUCACCGGACGCCUCCCAGGGAGUGAGAAGGAACAGAUGGGUGUGAAUAUUCGAUGUUUUCAGCACGGACUGGUUCCGGAUAUCUGGGACAUGGACACGAGCACCUUUGACGGGGCAAGCCUCGGUGCCCCUUACGAGACUCCCACAUACACUGGCCCUCUUCCUACGAAAGAGGUUGAAGGCGGCAAAAUUUACACGGGAAGUUGCCACUGCGGAAAUGUCACGGUGUGCUUGAGGAGCAAGCCUCUUGACCACUCCUUUGAAAGUCCUGCCUAUGAGUGCAAUUGUAGCACCUGCAUCAGGCACGGCGGAACGACUAUAUGGCCGCACAAAGACCAAGUCGUCAUCCAGGGCACGGAGCACCUGAGCACGUACGCUUCUGGCAUGCUCAAAGCAUGGGAAAAAGCUUUUUGCAGCCAAUGUGGUGUAUUUGUUGUGAGGCGACCCCUUCCGAUUCCUGAUGAAGUCUCAGUCCAUAUACCAGCUGCGGUGAGGGAAUGGACUGUCGAUGCGCAACAUUUGUUGCCUUUGAAUCUGAAGCUCUUGAAUGGAGUCGAUAUCAGCCAACUGAAGAUUACGCACAUCGACGGUUACGAUGUCAUCCCGCCUCCAUAUGUCAAUCCUUGA